UGGGCGGACAGCGACGCCUACAACCUCACAAUGGCCAACAUCACGAAGGUGUGGAGCACGAACUACACCAUCAGGAUGUACACCUCGUCUUGUCUUUUCUUCAAGGAGGACACCAUGUCUUGGGAUAGGAAUGGGUGUCGGGUGUUGACGGCCAACGUGACGCACACUAUCUGCUCCUGCAACCAUCUCACGUCCUUCGCAUCCGGGUUCUUCCCCCAGCCUAAUGCCAUCGACUUCAAUAAGCUCCUGAACAUGAACGCGGCAGACAACCCAACCAUCAUAAUAACAAUGAUAGCAACGCUGGCAGUCUACGUCAUGCUCCUUAUCUGGGGUCGAUUCAAAGAUAAGGAAGACCUGACCAAGCUGGGGGCCACGCCGCUGCCCGAUAACGACCCCAGGGACAAGUACCUCUACGAAAUCAUGGUAUUCACGGGCGGGAAGGAGGAGGCGGCCACCAAGAGCAAAGUGCAGUUCAUCGUCACGGGGGAAAGGGCCGAGACCGAGAUCAGGACCUUCGAGGACCGCGAGAGGACCAUCUUCAAGAGGAACGGCGUCGACAUCUUCGUCAUGGCCGUUCCUGAGACCCUGGGGAACCUGCAGUUUCUGAGGAUCUGGCACGAUAAUAGCGGGAAGGGAGCCGAUGCCUCUUGGUACGUUCGCUACAUCAUCUUCAGGGACGUUCAGAGCGGCCAGAAGUACGAGUUCAUUGCCAACAGGUGGUUUGCAGUUGAGCACGACGAUUGCAAGAUCGACCGUCUUAUCGCAGUGGCCGGCGACGCUCAGCAGAAGGAAUUCAAGCACCUUUUCGACACGAAAUCCCACAAGAACCUCUACGACGGACAUCUCUGGUUCUCCGUCUUCGCCCGCCCUGCUCGGUCGAGGUUCACUCGCGUCCAGAGGAUAACAGCGUGCAUGGCCCUCCUGUACCUCAGCAUGACAGCCAAUGCCAUGUUCGACGGGGUGGUGCCAGAGGAGCCGGGCGCUGGCUCUCUCAAGGUCGGACCCUUCGCCAUGUCCCCUGCGGCGAUCGGCGUGGGCCUCCUCUCCAACCUGGUGACCUUCCCGCCGACGCUCAUCAUCAUCCAGCUCUUCCGGAAGGUGUCGCCAAAGUACAAGCGGGGUGUCCAGGAUCCAGAAGGCGAUGGAUAAGCAACG